CUCGAAAUUCCGUCCCCCCGAAGUUGGAACAAGCAACCAACGAAGGCCGCCGCAUAGAACUAACGUUUCUCGAGCAAUAAAUUAUCCUCUCCUGGACAACGCGAGGCGUGCACAAACGAUCGGGCCCAAAAGAGAGAAAUGACGACCAAUGAUCUACAUCGUCCGAGCAAACGACCCUUGCUAUCGACGGGCACGUCCAACAAAUUCAGCAGUCGUUUCAGCGGGGCCGACAAAAAGAGAGCCAUCAACGCUCGCCGGCCACAACCAGCAAGCGUUGCUAGAUUGGAAUCUCUUAUCAAUGGGGCAAUUAAGAAGAAGAGAAGGCAAGGCAACAACCGCGAACGAAUGACAACGGGUGCCGUGAACAAAGGGAUGCAAACAUCGAAGCCAAUACGAAGGUGCAGCAACGACGGCAGGGACAGGGGAAGUAUGGAAUGUAGCAAGACAAAGCCAAAUUCUAGUCACGGUAGCUGUUCCAUUGGCAGUCAACGGCAGUUCAAGGAGAAUACUCGAAACGUCUCCAGUGGCAACGAUGGAGCUCGUUGGUCACAUGUUGGUUCCAACAAUAUAAAUACGCUUGGAGCAUCUAAACGUCGAAUGGUCAAAAAUCCUUUUAUAGAAGCGAAAAAACGAAAGCAGACCGCAGCAAAUGCCAUCGACAAAAAUGCUGCCCCUGACCAAAGCUCAAACACUGUUCUGUCCGAAGCGAGGGGUUCUCGGAAGAAAGCAAAAAGAAUUAGAAAAGAAACAAACACUGUCCAUACCGAAAAAAACUAUAAUAGGGGUAGCGCCCUUUCGAAAGUGAUAUCAUCGGAACCAACGAACCCGCUGUACACAUCCUCUUGGCAGAGCAGCCGCGACAAGGUUCCCCAACGUUGGAUAGGAAACGCCACUCAUUCCACAACGAUCGAUGUACUUGCCCAAGGCAGAAACCAACGAGGCCAAACUUCACAGCCUCCCCCCACAACAAAGGACGAAAUGAAUCGGAUGCCCCCCGAAGCACUGUCGUCGCCAUCGUCAAAAUCCCAAGAAGUAAGUGCGUCAUUGGCUCAUACUGUGGCGGCAGACCGCGAAACAAGAAGAGCGAUUGGGUCGGAGGCAGCAUCCACGUCAGCAAUUUCUUCUGAUGCUUCUUCUCGUCCAAAACUGGGCCUCAGUCUAUCCAAAAAAAUCACGAAGGGAAAGCGUUCCUCUAUUUCGUCAUCGACACCUACAUCCUUUCGUACUACAACAGCGGAAAUAAGCCUUGCUGUUUGUGCUACUGCGAAUGGCCAUUCCUUGUUGUCGAGAACACAAGGAGAAAAUGAAAAAGCCGACGUGUCGCAGGGCGAAGACCAAAGGGUGUUGCCUUCUCCAGAAAAAGUGCACCGCACAAAUUUGCUAUCGGCUGACACAACGGAAAAUAAUGCAACUCGACUGGGGAACAUUUCAAGCGACGCAGGCAGAAAUCCAAAGAAGAAAGCGUCCUUCAGGAAGAACAUUAACGACAAUUUUGUACGGCUCAAUAUGAAGAAUAAUGCUGGUGCUUGUAGGGGAGCCAGGAAGAAGAGCACCAAAUUCAGCAAAGAACGACGAACGUGGUGCUUUCAACCACCAAGUGGUGGCCGACAAGAUCCGUAUGAUAGCAAUACAGUGGCUAAUGAUGGUGUCACAGCCCCUAUUUUGGCUUUCGAUUCGACCUUGCCGCCACUAUCAUUAUCUCCAAAAAAAAUCGACGAAGAAACCAAGGACUCGAAAGAGGAAAAAAACGUUGGUACGAGGGUCAAUCCGAGCAGCAAGAGCAACGCAACUUCCUACGUUUCGAGAAUGUCCGGGUUGGAUCCGUUGGACGAAUUUGUAGAUGGGACGUUUCACGCUAGCAAAAGAAAAACGCUCAAGGAUAAAUCCAAUACAACGCUAGGACCCGCGACGGGCAGUACUGUGAAUGGCACCACAUGUGUUGUUGCUGGAAUUGUGGAACCCGCCGUGGCUCCGAAGUGCGCUCGGCACCAACGUCCUUGUAAGCUCAUCAAGGUCAGAAAGAAUACCUCUGGAAACAAGGGCAGGGAAUUCUACGCCUGUUCUAUGCCCCGUGGAGAGCAGUGCGACCAUUUCCAGUGGGCCGACGACACGGUCGAGGCGGCACGAGCCACUCUUGCGAAAAACUCUUCGUAUUCAAGUUUCGUUACCCGACAGGUUGUGGCGCACGUCGAUCGGUUUCGCACGCUCACUGUUCCCGAACUCAAGCGAGAAACUUCCCGCCGAGGCUUGAACAAGAAUGGGAAGAAGCAGCAGUUGUUGACGAGGCUCGCGAUAUGGACAAGAGACGAAAUCGUCAAGUGUUCACCGGAAUUUGAAGAAGAAGAAGAAAUAGAGGCGGCGAAGAGAGAUGUUGAGGCUAGCGAUGGAUCGGUGAAGAGUAUUUUUGAUUCAAGUCCGUCUGAAGAACUAGACAACGGAGAAUUUAGUGAUGAUGAUGACUCGUCUGCAGACGAACUUGAACUCUUCGAUGGCAAAAACAAACUCAAGGAAUCAAAUUAUACCGAUGAUGAUAGUGAAGAGGACUUGAGUGUUGAAUCGAACGAUGAGUCCCCCAACACGACUCUGGCUGCAGCGAAGGACAUUCAGGGAGACGACGAAGGCUUUUUGUCUGCAUCUCUUCGAGAAAUUUUUGGGCAUGAUUCAUUUCGAACAGGUCAGGAAUGGGCGAUUCAGAGAUGUUUAGAAGAGAAAAGGAGCCUGCUUGUCGCUCCUACGGGGUUUGGAAAAAGUCUUUGUUACGCAUUGCCUGCCGCAUUAUUGGACGGAGUUUGUAUUGUUGUUUCCCCAUUGAUCUCACUUAUCCAGGAUCAACUCCGAUCUCUUCCUCCAAGGAUUCCGGCUGCAACUCUUUCGGGAUCAGUUUCAGCUGCGAAGACGGCAGCGAUUCUAGAUGAUAUCGUGCGGAAACGCCUGAAAGUACUAUUUGUCUCCCCGGAACGCCUAAUAAGCCCAGCGUUCCGUCGUCUUUUUAAUUUCAGAUGGAAUCCAGAUACAAAAACAAAAGAGAGAAAGUUUCCCGAGAUAUCUCUCCUUUGUAUCGACGAAGCUCACUGUGUCAGUCAAUGGGCACAUAAUUUCCGUCCUUGCUUUCUUCGCUUCAAAGGGUUCCUCAAGGUAAUGAAACCAAAAAGCGUAUUGGCUAUCACAGCUACAGCGGGCCCAAGAGUUAUUAAGGAUAUUGGAGAAACUUUGGGAGUGGACAUAUCGGAGACACUCACCGAAGAUUCCUCUGAAAGUCCACCAGAUUCCGAGUGUGAGAGCAUCAAAAUUGUUCGCAAAGGGCGUGAUAAUAUUGAUGUCAUGACUAAAUUCAUGAGCAACGAGGAGGAGCGGCUUGCGGCUGUAGCAGGGAUAUUGACACCUAGUGCUGGCAAAUAUGAGAGUCAAAAGGAAUCUUAUGCUGGAAAGUUGGCGACAGGCUCUGUGAUUGUCUAUGUUUGGCGACAAAGGGAUACGGAAGUUGUGGCUGAAAGUCUUGUUGCUGCUGGUGUUUCUGGGGGAGUUGUUAUGUAUCACGGGGGGAUGGAUGCUAACGCGAGAGCCAAGUCGCAGAGUAAAUUUAUGAGAGGCAAAGCGCGGGUGUGUGUAGCUACAGUCGCGUUUGGACUUGGAAUCGACAAAGCAGAUAUUGUAGGGGUAAGUACGUGCUAUUGAGGAACUCGGCCAGACUCCUAUUCAUGAUGUAGGAUGUCGCAUGAAUCUUACUAAGAAUCACAUCUCUUUUGCUCUACAGAUUGUUCAUCUUUACGUAUCAAAUUCACCUGAGCACUACCUUCAGGAAAUCGGGAGAGCUGGACGAGACGGCAGAUCAGCGAUAGCGAUCGCUUUGCCUCUUUUGGAGGAAGUUCCAAUACGACACGCUCUUGUGUUUUCGAAUCUGGUGGCUAAGAGUCAGAUUCGCUCACUUCUACGGAUCAUUAAGAGAAUGUUGGAGUCUGUUGUAAUCGUCACUGGCAUUGAAAACCCAACUUUAGCCAGAACAUUUCACAUUGCCCUCCCUGUUCAAUCAACCGUGCGGGCAUGUGAUUGUAAGCCAGAAACAAUCGAGACGUUUCUCUCGUUGAUAGAACGUAUCGGCGGAGACAACCCACUCUUGCAAAUCGAAGGGUAUAACUAUGACAAUGCCACCAUUGCUCUUAAGAAAAGAACCCUAAAGAAAUUAGCAGAGAAAGAGCCAGUUGCGGAUUCAAUCCAAGCUGUGAGUCAGUGCAUUGACGCUCCGCUGUUGGAGGCUGGAGUUGAAGGUGACAAAGAUGGAAAUCCUGCUAUUCCGAAGUCGUUCCAACGACAAUUCCUUGCUUAUAGCAAAGGGUCGUACUCAUUUUCAAUAUCGCAUUGUGCAAAUCGACUUGGCCCAACUGCUGAACCCCGUCAUGUCUUUGCUGCGCUUCGACGCUUACAAGCCUUCAACGAGCUUGAAUUUGUCCUUGAUACCUCUGAAAUGGGACGUGUAUUCCAUUUGAAAAUCUCAGAGGAAGGAUUUAAAAUGUUUAACAGGGAUGACUACGGGAACAUGGAAGAAGAUUUGGUUGAAACUAUUUAUGAGUCGUUCUCAUGUUCGGCGAAUUCCAGCGCCUCAAAAGUGCUUGAUAUGCACUAUAUUCUGGACCAGGUGGCGCUUUCAUCCGCAUCUUGUAUCGAUGAAAACGAGGAUUGGUCCGCUCGAAAUAAGUCACCGAGCCUAGUCCGAUUCCAAGAAAUGACGAAAACCUAUUUCGGAGAAGGCCUUGAAGCAGAACGCACCGCCGUGAAAGAUCUACUACCAGCAUCCUUCUCGAAAAUUAGGGAAAAGGAACUGGAAAUCGAUGCUUUGUCGCUGCUGAGAAAUUUGCCUCAGCUCUUUCAACAACAACAAAGCAACAUAAUGCCGGAAUAUUUAGAGCUUGGACAACCAUCGGUAACCGACUACACCGCACUUGCUAUCACCAAAUUUUUGUACGGAAUGGAUACUCCUCGAACCCCAAUUUUCACGUUCCGGCAGUACCCUUUGUUCGGUAAAUGGAAGGGCGCUAACUUCGGCCUGGUACACCGUGCGAUCGUGGGGCUCUUUGAAGCAAAUCUAGCUCGGAAAUCUAUAACUUAUUAGAGGUACAUUGUUUCUCAUUGAUAAGGUAUCACAAGUACUCGCUAUCUAUCGGAAAAGCUAUGCAAGUAUUAGAUUGUAAGAUUGUAUUUUAUUUGUACAGCUUCGAGCAAUUACAAGUUCUCAUUCGAAGCACUGACUCUUAGUUGUGAUUUGAAACCUAUUUCUUCGUUCCAUUUGGAAUCACAUUCCUGUUUUCAAAUUGCACUACACUCGAACUUUGUGCACGCGGCAAAAAAGCUCGUGGUUUCGUGUCACCAUUGCCGUCUUCGUCUUCGUCCUUGUCUUUGUCGACAACCAAGCUAUUCGUGCUAUGGAACAACCGUGCUAGAACGACUUUCCGUCUAUUCCGUGCAACACCGUUUGAAGAGGUCGUGGAACGCGCUUCGGCGUCGUUGGAAGACGUCGCCGAUAGAGCGGGUGCAAUUCUGUUUUCCGCCACCCUCCGCUCGAAGUUACUUGCGUCGGAAGCUUCUAUGAAGGCGGCUCUUCGGAUCUGAAUGCAUCGACAUGGUCCAUCACUGACAAAAGCAGAAUAAUCCGGGAUCCAAUCGCUAUCUAUGAGGGCACCGGAGCCUAAGACCGUCCAUGAAGAAAGAUCCGAUCGGAAGUUCUCGGAUCCAACAAAUAUGGUGAUUCUCCCAGACAGAAUAAGAGUGAAUGUAUCACUCGGAACACUUUUUUCAUACAAAAGCUCGUUGGGAAGCUCCUUAUCCAAGUCGUGUGUAGCCGUCGGAAAGGUAGUAACAGGCGUGCCGGAAACAAGACUCGUCAACUGCGACUCUGAAAGCGAGUUGAAGACCUUGGCAUGAUUUGUUUUGAGAUGUGCUGUUACGGCGCUGAUUUCACUCGCCGAUAGCAUUUCGUCCACAAUCUUUGUAUCUAGCAGUCUCAGUCGUGCCCACUCGAAUGCAUCUCCGCGCUCUACCUUGAUGCGUUGGUCGCUGUCUGCAUAGGCAUC